AUGGCUGAAACAAUGAAGCAAACUGUCGCUACGAUAUUAAAAAGUAUUGAAAGAUACAAUCCUGCAAAUCUUCAAACAUUGGAGAGAUAUGUGGAAAUGCAAUCAAGAGAAAACACUUAUGAUUUGGAAGCCAACCUUGCGGUUCUCAAACUCUAUCAAUUUAAUCCGGAAAAGUUUAAUGCAGAUAUUACAUGCCAGAUACUUUUGAAAGCUUUGACAAAUUUCCCACACACAGAUUUUACUUUAUGCAAAUGUCUCUUGCUGGAGUCAGUAGUUGAAAAUGAGACAAUUUCACAAAUUAAAUAUCUGGCUGAUAUUUUAGAGCAGUGUGAUUUCGCACAGUUCUGGAAUCGUGUCCAUCAGAUGCCGGAGUUAUGCAAUCGCAUCAGUGGCUUCCAUGACUCCAUCAGAAAGUUUGUUUGUCAUGUAGUUGGCAUUACAUUCCAGACUAUAGACAAGAAUAACCUUGCAAAUUUAUUAGGAGGCAUUGAUGAUGUAACCUUGAAGCACUGGGUGAAGAAAUAUGGAUGGAGAGAUGAUGGCAAUCUGAUCUUCAUUGCCACCCAGGAUGAAAACAUUAAGACUAAAAACAUCACUGAGAAGAUAGAAUUUGACCAUCUUGCUCCAUUAAUGGCACUGUUGUAA